AUGGAUUCUUCUCCUUUGAGAUCCAAAUCCAACUGCCACACUCGUUCUGCCAGCUUGCCCUCUAGACUUCACCCACUCAUUCCUCAUGUUGGUGAGAAUUCGAGGCUUAACGGACUGCGAAUAUUGUUUGAGCGUUUGGACAAUAUGCUUCUAUUACCAAGCACUCAACAAGCCUUUGCCCAACAGCGACACCAGUUAUUGGUUGAAGAGGUUCUGGAAAAGUAUAUCAGGCUCUUGGAUAUUUGUGCCGCAGCAAAAGAUGUGUCCACCCAAACAAAGCAAGAUGUACAAAACCUUCUUUCCAUCUUGAGGAGAAGAAGGGAUACAAAUGACUUCGCAGGGUACUUAACAUCCAGAAAAAAGGCAAAGAAGGCGAUCCAAAAGUCUCUAAAAGAUUUGAAGAGUAUCAAAAGCAAGAGUACCACAACAGCUUUUGAAAAAACCCAUGAGAUAUUUGAGAUUUCUAGCUUGUUAAAUGAGGUUGAAGCAGCCAUGAUUGGGGUGUUCGAGUCUUCAUUGUCCUAUAUUGCAGGGGCAAAGGUGGAAUCAAGGGUGAGUGGAUUUUCCUUGGUUUCCCAACUUAUGAACCGGAAGAGCAUUGCACCCGAAGAGGAAGAAACAAAAACAGAUGCUUUUGAGAAAUUUGAUGCGGCAUUGCACUCCCUCAACAGUCCCAAGACAAGCAAGACUGAUCUGGAUGAAGUUAAAAAUCAGUUGUGGAAGAUGUGGUCUAGCAUUGAAGAUCUGGAAGAAGGACUAGAAUCCUUGUUUAGGCGGUUGAUCAAAACUAGAGUUUCCCUCCUCAACAUUCUCAACCACUAGCCAAGAAAAUCUUGGAGCAGAAAUUUUGAUUUUUAGUAUUGUAGUUGUAAAUGAAACAUUAUACCUGUAGUUUUGCCUCCACAUAUAAAUCGAUAUACUUUGAGCAAAA